CCGUUGGAUCUUGUGUAGGCCAGGUGUUGCAAUCCUAAGUGGAAUUGGAAAGGAAUUAGAGAGGCAAGAAUUGGCGACGAGCCAAAUCCCUGAAGGUCCCUAGCCCCCUUGCCCAUUGCCCGUUGCCCGUUGCCCGUUGCCCGUUGCCCGUUGCUUCUCCGUCUUCGUUCCCUGUGGCCGGCGACCAGCGACCAAGGGCGUGCAUCAACGGAGAUCUGCUCGCUUCCUUUUCUCCAUUUCUCUUUCCAUCGGUGGCGGAAAAAGUUGCAGCGGCGGAAAGCGUUAUUGCAGUGGCAGGUUAUUGUUACUUCAUUUCAGGGCAUUUGGGGUAGUUGCUGAUUACAGAAGGCCCUCACUUGCACACAGCUACGUGAUUUAGCUCAGCUCGGAGAAACGGAAGAGAGAUGUUGUAUAUAAUAGGUCUGGGUCUGGGAGACGAGAGAGAUAUCACCCUUAGAGGUCUGGAGGCUGUGAGAAAAUGUGAUAAAGUGUACAUGGAAGCCUACACUUCUCUCCUGUCGUUUGGUCUCUCUUCUGAUGGCCUUUCGACUUUGGAAGAGUUAUAUGGGAGGCCCAUCAUACUUGCAGACAGAGAAAAGGUUGAAGAACAGGCUGAUGAUCUGUUGGCGGAGUCUGGGGGUUCUAAUGUGGCCUUCCUGGUUGUCGGGGAUCCUUUUGGAGCUACAACACAUUCUGAUCUGGUUGUCCGAGCCAAGAAGUUGGGUGUGGAAAUCAAGGUCAUACACAAUGCAUCAGUAAUGAAUGCUAUUGGAGUUUGUGGUUUGCAACUCUACCGAUAUGGAGAAACUGUCUCCAUACCAUUCUUCACUGAGACGUGGAGGCCUGACAGUUUCUAUGAGAAGAUUCAGAGAAACCGUGUACUUGGAUUACAUACACUUUGCUUGUUAGAUAUACGUGUGAAAGAACCAUCACUGGAAUCUUUGUGCAGAGGAAAAAAGCAAUAUGAGGAGCCAAGAUACAUGACAAUUAACAUUGCCAUUGAACAACUGUUGGAGGUUGAAAAAAUGCGUGGAGAAUCUGCAUACAACGAAGACACAACUUGUGUUGGUUUUGCCCGCCUUGGCAGCGAAGAUCAGAUGGUAGUUGCAGGUCCAAUGAGAGAAAUACUCAUGGUUGAUUUUGGAGCACCUUUGCAUUGCCUUGCUAUAGUAGGCAAAACUCAUCCUGUGGAAGAGGAAAUGCUGGAAUUUUAUGCUCUCAAAAGGGAAGACCAACUGAAAGACAAAGGCACUGCUUAAUCCUAGCUUUAGAUGGGGCUUGUAGAAAAAAUAUCCCUCCAGUGACAGGAUGCAUGCUCAUGGACUCAACUUAGAUAUGAAGUUCGUGCUUGUGUUAAUAACAAGAAGGCAGUGACUUAAAGCUGAAGAUUAUAAGCAUAUGUUUUCAAAAUCAGCCAUGGCGAAGAUUCUGCAUGGGAAGACAAAUCAUGGACAACUGGAUAAAUGGAAAUUUAGAUUAUUUCAGCAUUUGGCCGGGAGGCAGUUUGUAGUUCUAUCAAUUUUUUUUGCAUGGUCAGUAGGACACCUUCAUCCCUGUGCUAGGUACUUCUGCUUCUCAUUUCUUAUUUACGUUUCUCACAGAUUUGUGCAAUGCCAGUUUAGGUUUUUGGGUUUUUCUGCCUUAUCUUCCCUUCCCUGUAUCCUUUCUCUUGGAAGAAAGGUUUUGUUAGAUUUAGUCUUUUGUAGCAAAUUAAGUAAUGAUUGUUAUUGUGUUACUAUAGUUAUGCAUUAGUAUUGUGAAGAAAA